AUACGAUAGUCAUCAUCCUUAAAUUCUCUAGUAAUAAGUUCGUUUAUUUUUGUAAAAAUCCUUUGUUUUCUCUGUAAUGGCCGCCAUAUCCAAACGCAUAAACACAAAGACGGCAAAGGAACGGAUCCGGGAUGCUCCCACUACACCGCUGCGCCGGUUGGUGAUUCCACGACCGGACAUACUACAUUCCUAUCUGGAAUACAAGCAGAUCAACCAGUACCUAGAAUACGUAGCCCAACGGUAUCCCCACUUCGUGCAGAUGUACAGCCUUGGUCAUACGCAUGAGAAGCGAGAAAUUCGAGCUCUGGAGAUUAACUGGAUGAACGCGAAUAACGUGGAGUUAUCUGCACAGGUGCGGGAGCAGUUACCGCUGCCGUACGAUGUCGGUCCUAAUUGUAAGUCCACUGUUCCUGUUAUCCAUCAUGGCGAGCAAAGCCGGAAAACCGUCUUCAUUGAGGCAGGAACCCAUGCCCGCGAAUGGAUUAGUAUCUCCACGGCCCUUAAUUGCAUUUACCAAUUGACCGAGCGGUACACCAGGAACAUAGAGGUACUCCGCAAGCUUCGUUUCAUCAUUGUGCCUCUAGUGAAUCCCGAUGGUUAUGAGUACUCCCGCACUAAAAAUCCCAAGUGGCGCAAAAACCGGCGGCCUCAAAAAUCAAGCAAAUUUGUGGGUACUGAUUGUAACCGAAACUACGACAUAUUCUGGAACAGCGGUUCCAGCAAGAUCAACCGCAAUACAUACAAGGGUGAAAGUCCGUUUUCGGAACUGGAAACGCGGGCAUUGAAAAGCAUUCUCAAUCGGAUGAGCUCCAACCUUCUGUUCUUUCUGUCCCUGCACUCGUAUGGUCAGAGCAUCAUGUACCCGUGGGGCUACUGCCGUGAUAGCCCGCUUUACUGGCGUGAACUGAGCUCCCUUGCAAAUUCCGGCAAGAGUGCCAUCAAAUCCUACAAUGGUCGGGAGUACCGAACAGGAAGUAUCAGCUGUCUGACCAAGCGAACCAUUGCCGGAUCUGUUGUAGAUUACGUAUACGGUGUGCUUAAGGUGCCCAUGGCUUUGGUGAUGGAGUUACCAUCACGUGAGCUCGGCUUCCAGCCACCUGUGGAGAUGAUCAGUCAAAUUGGACAUGAGAGCUGGUAUGGCAUUCGGGAGAUGUGCAAACGCUCCUAUGACCUGCGCCAUCAGAUUUCUCGUGAAAAUGAGCCACCCAUUCCUCGUCCGGCGCGGCGCGAGGGUAGCACUGAAACUGUGGUAACAGAAAGCCCAACCGGUUCCGUGGAAGAGUCCACCACGGCUGGUGGCGAUUGUGCCAAGACCAAACCAAAGAAGAAGCGGACAAAGCGCACAGUUUUGUCGCGACACGAUGAAAUCCUACGAAUUCAGAAGGGUUUCAAGGCAAGCGAGCCAACCAUCCUGCCUGAAGGAAUUCAAGCCUUGCCUGCUGGACUAUUCCCGCGGCAAUUGGAACCUCGUCUUCCGCCUUUUAAGCGAUUAGGGCCUAGUCGUGAUGGCCAAGGCGGUGGCGAUGGUGUCGUUCUCACCAGCCGUGGCAAGCCCCCCAUGUCUUCAACGAUGCCGCUGGGUGUAUUUCUGUGAACCGGGAAUAAGCGAAACUUUCAUAUAAAAACUACAUAUGUCAAUCAUCAAAUUUGAGGUCCUAAAAUAUAUAUAAAAAGAAUUUGAA